GAUAGUGGACAGCGCUACAGCACCGCAUCGCUGGACAUUGUGACAGCCGAUGCCUUCUCCAUUAUCCUAGACUUCCUCUACUCUGGCCGCUUGGCCCUGAACAGAAGCAAUGUCAUCGAGGUGAUGUCGGCGGGCAGCUACCUGCAGAUGACCGAUCUGGUGAACUUCUGUAAGGGAUACAUCCGCUCAUCUUUGGAAAUAUGCAACAAGGACAAGGAGAGGAACACAGAGAAGGACAGAGGGAUGGGUCCUGCAGACAGCGGCACUCCUGCUGUGACAGUCUCCUGUGGUGCAAAGGCUGCGGAGCCUCAUUCACAGAACGCAGAGGCCGAUAGAGGGUCGGGUUUAGGUCCGGAGUCUGUGACCUUGGCCAGAACCCCUUUAUCCAUCCCUGUCAACAAAUCUCCAGGCACGAGCAGAGACAUGGACAGCGACUACCAUUCCAGGGAGGAAUUUGCAUCUGGGAGUGAAGGACAGAAGGGACACAUGGAUCAGACUAACCUCUCCUCCUCUUCAUCAUCUACUUUGACCCCUGAGUUAGUGAACCCCAAGAUAGAGUACGAUCCCGAUGAGGAGCUCAUGGAGUCCCCUGACACCAAAGACCUGGGCUCAUAUCCCGGGCCCUCU